CUAGUUUGCAAGGAAAAGUCUCUUUCUUCAUCAUCCCAAAAAGUCCAACCAAAAACAGAGACAAAGAGAGAGAAGAGACAGACAAUGGGUCAUCAUCAUCUUCAACCUUGACACCACCACCAUAACCCCUCUCUUUCCUAGAAAAUUCCCCAGACAUCUCGGAGAAAAGUCUCACAAUCCGAUCGAAUGUCUAGGAAGCCCUUCCUCUUCCUCUUCCUCUUCCUCUUCCUCUCAUGUCUUCUUCUUCUUCUAGGUUUCUGCGUUGACCUGGGUCAAUCCCUCAAGGUCCCCUUCAGCGUCAACGAUGUUCUCCCGAUGCUUCCUCGCCAAGUCUCAUGGCCCGUUCUCAACAGCUUCCACAGCGCCGUGGAUCUGUUGCCUGUCUUCAUCGGGUCCUUAACUCCCAACAACAACGCGUCUCUUGAGUGGAAAGGUGCUUGCUUUCGCGGCAACGAGGCUCGUCUCGAUAUCACCCCUAGCGAUCGCGACGAGCCUGGUCUCGGAGGCGGCCUUCUCCAUCUCAAGACAUCCGAGGCGCAUAGCUUGACUUGUAUGGACCUAUACGUCUUUGCAACGCCUUAUAGGAUCACCUGGGACUACUACUUCUCUGCAAGAGAUCAUACUUUGAGCUUUGAUUCAUGGGAAGAGACAGCUGAGUUGGAUUAUGUGAAGGAGCAUGGAGUUUCAGUGUUUCUAAUGCCAUCAGGGAUGCUUGGGACGCUGCUUUCAUUGAUCGAUGUGUUGCCUCUUUUCUCCAACACGGCUUGGGGACAGAAUGCGAACUUGGCUUUCUUGAAGAAGCAUAUGGGUGCUACGUUUGAGAAGCGCCCUCAGCCUUGGCGGUCUGUGAUUAAUCCGGAAGAUGUGCAUUCUGGUGAUUUCUUGGCUUUGUCGAAGAUUAGAGGAAGGUGGGGUGGGUUUGAGACUUUGGAGAAAUGGGUGACUGGUGCUUUCGCUGGUCACACUGCUGUUUGUUUGAAGGAUGAUUUGGGGAACCUUUGGGUUGGUGAAUCUGGUCAUGAGAACGAGAAGGGUGAAGAGAUCAUUGUCGUGAUUCCUUGGGAUGAAUGGUGGGCUCUCACGUUGAAGGAUAACUCAAAUCCACAAGUAGCUUUGCUUCCUUUGCAUCCUGAUAUCCGAAAAAAGUUCAACAACACUGCUGCGUGGGAGUAUGCACGGAGCAUGCUGGGCAAGCCUUAUGGAUACCACAACAUGAUAUUCAGCUGGAUCGACACUUUAGGCGAUAACUACCCACCUCCCCUUGAUGCUCACUUGGUUAUUUCUGUCAUGUCUAUGUGGACUCGUGUACAACCUGCAUAUGCUGCUAAUAUGUGGAACGAGGCACUCAAUAAACGGCUUGGUACUGAGGAUCUGGAUUUGUAUGGGAUUCUUGAAGAAACAGCGAGGCGUGGAAUGUCAUUUGAUGAGCUGCUCACCAUCCCUGAACAGGAUGAGUGGGUUUAUAGCGAUGGGAAGUCAACAACGUGUGUUGCUUUCAUCCUCGCAAUGUACAAAGCCGCUGGUGUGUUUGGCCCUCUUGCUGAUCAUAUUCAAGUCACUGAGUUCACUAUCCGGGAUGCUUACACUCUGAGGCUAUUUGAAGAUAAUCAGACGAGGCUACCGAGCUGGUGUAACACAGAGAAAGGGAAGCUUGAGUUCUGUCAGAUUCUAGGUGAAUAUAGAAUGGAGUUGCCUGGUUAUAACACCAUUUACCCUUAUCCAAACAUGAAUGAGAACUGCCCUUCUUUGCCUCCUUAUUAUGAGAGGCCUUCUAAGUGUUAGAAAAAGACUAAUCAAAACACGUUGGUCUCUCUCUGUCUGUGUUUGUCUGCUUUAUGUUUGUUUAUUUACUAAGCUUUUACCCUUUUAGUUAUUAGGGAAAUAGAACUUUAUGCGAAAGAACUUUAUGUGAAUAUAUAUGAUGAUGUUUUAUUUUA